GAUUAAAGGCGUAAUUCGUUGCCGUUAACUAAAAUACUUCCCGUAAUUACUGCCUACAUAUAUACUCAAACACUCUCACGCACACAGGUAUAUAUAUAUUACACACCCCUCAGAGAGAGUUGAUCAACCAUGGAAGCAAAAUCUGUUAUAGUUUUCUCGGCUAUAAUCUUUUCUCUCUUCAUUCUGGGCGAAACUUCUACUGGUAAAUGGAAGCUAUUGAAGAAAAGUAUUGGAAUUUCAGCAAUGCAUACUGUAUUGUUGCCAAAUGAUCGAGUUAUUACGUUCGACAGAACAGAUUUAGGUCAAUCAAAUAUUUCGCUGCCUCAAGAAAGAUGUAGAAAACUUGCUGAUGAUCAAAUCGAUUGUUCUGCUCACUCGAUCGAGUUAAACCUUUUGAAUGGAGAUGUUCGUUCACUUACUGUUCUUACCGAUACUUGGUGCUCUUCUGGUGCACUAGCACCUGAUGGUGUGCUAAUUCAAAGUGGUGGAUUCAACGAUGGUGACCGUGUUGUUCGAUAUUUUAGGCUGUGUGCUAAUUGUGAUUGGAUGGAGGAUCAAAAUGGACUUGUUGUUCCUCGAUGGUACGCGUCUAAUCAGAUUUUGCCAGAUGGGAAAAUCAUUGUCGUAGGCGGUAGAGCUCAGUUUAGUUACGAGUUCAUCCCUAAGAGCUCAUCCAAAUCAGAUUUUAAAACACACGAGCUUCCAUUUCUUAAAGACACCACGGAUGAUGUGGAGAACAAUCUAUACCCAUUUCUCCAUCUCUCAACCGAUGGGAAUCUCUUCAUCUUUGCUAACAACAGGUCGAUAUUGUUUGAUUAUAUAAACAAUCGAGUGGUUAGGGAUGAUUAUCCAGUCAUGCCAGGUGAAGUUUCACGCAAUUAUCCAAGCACAGGUUCAUCGGUACUUCUCCCGCUGAAACUUGGUUUCAUAAACAGUAAUAUUGGCGCACCAGAUGCUGAAGUCUUCAUCUGUGGAGGGUCACCACCAAAUUCAUUUACUAGUGCUAGUAACGGAAGAUUUUUAUCAGCUACUAAAUCAUGUGGCCGUUUAAUGAUCACGGCGGAGCAGCCAGAAUGGAAAAUGGAAGAAAUGCCUAUAGAAAGAGUCAUGGGUGAUAUGAUCUUGUUACCAACAGGUGAUGUCUUAAUCAUAAAUGGUGCGAAAAAAGGCUCAGCUGGAUGGUAUUUAGCUAGGGAGCCAGCUCUGAACCCUGUUCUUUACCACCCUGAUUCAAGCAAGUUUGAGGUAAUGAAACCAUCGAAGAUUGCUCGAAUGUAUCACUCAACUGCUAUUUUGAUUACUGAUGGUAGCGUAUUAGUCGGGGGAAGUAAUCCUAAUUCGAAUUACAACUUCACCGAGCUUUUCCCUACUGAAUUGAGCGUUGAGGUUUUUUCGCCCCCAUAUGCAACUAGCAGUUCUCGACCGCAAAUUAGUUGGGCGGAACCUGAAGCUGAAUUAUCUUAUAAACAACCAUUUUCCAUUGGUUUUGAUUCGACUGAGAACGGAGAGUUAGAGAACGCUUAUGUGACCAUGGUUGCACCAUCAUUCAACACACAUUCCUUCUCCAUGAAUCAAAGGAUGAUGGUUUUGGAAAUUAAUCAAGUAUAUCAAGUCUCUGGUACAAGUUAUGUCAUUGACUGUUUUGCUCCGGCCACUCCUUAUAUUGCCCCACCAGGUUAUUAUCUUCUUUUUGUGGUACAUCAUGGGAUUCCAAGCAGCGGUAAAUGGAUUCAUAUCAGUUAAUCGUGUUCAGUGAAGAUAAAUUUAUAUAUAUAUAUAAAUAUCAAUUGGAACAUUUGAGCAUUUAUUUCUUACAAAAAGUUGUAGGAAAUUUAUUUAUAAUCAUUAAAUCAAUUUAAGUUUAUAUAUGCCUUUUAAAUGUAUACUAGAAUUG